AUGGCCGUACAUCAAAGCGAUGCUGUCAUCUACUCGGGCAACUUGCAUCGCUUAGAACACCAGCUGGAGGUUCUAAGACGUGGAGCUCCAUCGGGCGGCGUGCAAGACAUACAUCGAAAACAUCUCCUUGCGCUGAUUGCAAGAAGGGAUCCUUGUUUCUGGACACUGGUGCCUCGAAGCUACAUUCUGACAAGAGAUGCGGCAGCCGCGGCUUCAGAAUGGGAAAUGUUCAGGUGGGACUUUGAGCUGUCUCACUACCUCGGGCUUUUGCGAAACUUGAAAGACCGAGCCGCAAAGCACCCAAAGUCAUGUGAAGAUGGCACGGUGGAAAGUGUGCUGGAGCGCUGCAACACCCUAUUGAGCUUAAAGGCAAGUGGUGCUCCUCAGAAAUGGGAAAACUCUUCUCUGACCGCCUUGCAGAAGGCAGCCAUGCUGCUGACUGAAAUUGAGCAUGAGCUGCCGCAGUUGCAGCUGGAGUUGCUUCAGAAAAAUUGGUGGCUUGCAAAGCCUGUUGAUGGUGCAAUGGGGAAAGGCAUUGUGCUUUUUGGUGGGAUGCCGAGUGCAGAGGACCUAAACAUCUCGGCUCUGCCUUUUACCGGACGCAUGAGUGAGGGAUACGUGCUGCAGAAGUAUCUUGAGAAGCCCCAUCUGAUCAACAUUUCGAGUUUGGUUGAUCUUGACAACAAGCUGCAUGGACGCACAAGGGAAGUCUGCGGGCAUGCUUUCUACAAAUACAACCUGCGUGUACUCGUCCUUGUGCGCUGGGUCGAGGACCCAUCUGUCUGGGUAUAUGACAAAGGUUACAUUGAUCUGUGCCCGAUCCCCUUUGCAGAAGCUUUUGGUGAUGAGGCAGAGGGGGCGCACAUUUCAAAUCUUGCAUUCCGUGGACACACUGCUGAAGACAUCCGAAAGCGUAUAUGGUCAACCGACACGUUCCGAGAGUACCUUCAACAGACGUCUGGCCGCGAUGUUUGGGCGGAGGACAUUGUGCCUCAAGUCCGUGAUGCAAUCUCAAGGAUAAUCGGCUGCAUUGGGCCAUUGAAAUCAGGCUUGACAGAAGGUGCGAGACAGGAGGCAUCCGCAUCUAAACCAGGACGUCAACCGUGGCGGCGCUUCGGUUUCGAUUUUGCAUUGGAUCACGAUUUCCACGUGUGGCUCGUGGAGGCUAACCACCGUCCGGGGAUGAAAGCACCAAGAGGACCAUCUGGGGAAGACAAGCGUCGAUUCUUAGAGUUCUUCUAUGCGGAUGAGAAUGAGCUUUGUGGUGACAGGUUGCAAGAGACUCGUGAUGGGCAGAUUUUGCACGUCGCAAACUUUCACCGAGUGCUUGUUCAACCUGUUCAGCAAAAAGCGAAAUUGACGGUCUGCUGUGGGUUUGUUGUUCUUGCAGUCUUUGAUAUGGGAAUCGCCGACAUGACAGUCGCUUCAGGAAAGAGGAUGUGGCUGCCGUGA